AUGAGAGGUUUGAGGGUCAAUCUACCAGAAGGCGCUAGGACUGUUGAAGAUCCGGAACCAGAAGAUGGAGGCCGUGGCAAGAAGAAGAAACUGGCUAUAAUGAUUCCACUUCUGAACCUCAUGGCAACAAUGAAAACUAAAAUGCUUCUUAUACCUAUUCUUAUGGCUGUAAUGCUGAUUAAAAAACUGUUGCUGAUAGCUGCCUUACUCGUACCCAGUCUUCUUAGUACUUUGAAGGCUUGCAAGCACCAUCAUCCAAUGACGCAUUACUCGUACUUCGGCACUGAUGCAUCGGAUUAUAAUAGCGAGUAUAGCAACAGUUAUUCUUACGGAUCCGGAGGUGGCUAUGGUAAAGAUUGGCCGACAAAUAGAGCUUACUCUGUUCCAAAACACAGAACACCUUCACCCGUAUAUAUUACUGCUCCAGGAACAGCUUAA